GUGGGAACUUGGGCAUCGUUUUCUUCCUCUCGUUCUUGCCAAAACCCUAGUACCUGAUAUCUAACCCAGAAUUAUGUGUCUUUGAGGCAGAAAUCCUGCAAGAGGAGGAAAGAUUGGCAAAUCUGAUCUGGUAGGGUGCCUUUCCCUAAAUUUUCAGUUUUAAGUCACUCCAACUCAUACUUUUUCUCUCCUCCUAUUCCCUUAGUUCCUGGACUUUCACUCAGAGCUCUCUGAUGCCUCAUACUUUUCCCUGCUUUCACCCCUCUUGUUCAGGUGCUUUCACUCCUUUUCCAGAAGGCAGGCAUCCUACCUUCAGUGGCUCCAUUCCCCCCUCUUUGCUUUCCUCCACCUAGCCAAACUAGUUUGAGUCAGCCACACCCCUUUCUGAGCUCCUGGGGCCUUUUGGGUGGUGGCUGGCCACCCAACCCCACCCCCGGGCUUGGCUUGGAGACCUGAGUCAGCUCCAUCUCCACCCAAGCCAAAUCAAACCAGAGUCAGGAGCCGAAACUCGCAGUCCCUCGAGGCCCAUAGCCAGGUGAUGGAGGACGAGGAGAAGGCAGUGGACACCUUGGUGAGCAACACGGAAGCUGCUCAUCCUGCACCCCCCGUCCGCUGCUGCCGGCUCCGCCUCCGCUGCUUGGCGGCUGCUAGCAUUAUCUGUGGCUGCUCUUGCCUGGGAGUCGUGGCCCUGGUGUUUGCCAUCAAGGCGGAAGAGCGGCAUAAGGCAGGCCGGUUGGAGGAGGCAGUGCACUGGGGGGCCCGGGCCCAGAACUUCAUCCUGGCCAGCUUUACUGUCUGGUUUGCUGUCCUCAUUCUGGGCCCCCUGCUUCUGUGGCUGCUCUCCUAUGCCAUCGCCCAGGCUGAGUGACCCUGGGUGGCCUCUGCUGAGAGUCAGCAAGACCUCCUGGAUCCUGCAGUGCGGCAUUGCUAGCGUCUGAGGCCAGCAGUGGUCCUUCCUGGCUGGAAGGAUGAUGCCUCUCUCAAAAGGCUUUGGAAGAGCUCUUCUAGACCUUUCUAAAAGGGGGCAGCAGCUUAAAACUGUUGAGGGGAGGCCAGCCUGCUCUGUUCUUUCAGUGCCCACCAUCCCCUAUUUCCCCCAGCCUGCUACAUCCUAGGGGCCUCGACCCAGAGGUGGGGUUGAAGACCAGGCCUGAUUUUAUUAGAGUUUGUUUUGUAAUAAAAAUCUUUUUUAGUGGUGAAAUGCUCCUGUCUAAUUGUUGUUCCCCUACUUCCCCUGGCCCUUGGCAAGAGCCGGACCGACAUCUGACUGAUGGCAAAAGUCUGCAUUUUCCCUUACUUACGAGCUGCAAGAGGGUUUUUCUUCUUUUUUCCUUCUUCUGGAAGUUUCCCUUCUUGGAAAGACCCCAGCUUCUCCCUUGCACAUCAACAGAGAGCCCCUGUGGCCAGAUAAGACGAGGAGCAGCUGCUCCUGUAUUUAUGGAGUGCUUCCUAUAUUCCAAGCUGUGUUCUUAAGCACUUUCUGUUACUUAACUCCUUCACCCCUCACAGCCACUCAGUAAGAGUGUUUUCACUCUUUUCAUUUUAUAGUUGAGGAAGCCGGCACCCAAGGUCAUACAGCUAGUGAGAUUCUGAGCUGGCAUUGAACUCAGAGGCUUUGGUUCCAGAGUUGAGAGAGGAAUGAAAGGGAUGGCGGCAGCAGGUGAAUUUCUGCCCUGGAUGUGAAACUCUGUAGGAUUAUCAUGAAUUUUUAUAUCCUUUAUCUUGGGCCCUCCCGGUAAUAUUUUAAACACAUUUUACACCUGAUCUUAGCCAAAAGGCCGAGAAACGAUUAAACAUAUUUCAAAUUGUGAAGCAUAUCAUAAAUGUAGGAAAAUAUCCAAAAGGAAUACAUAGCUUUUAAGUUAACACAAAGCCAACAUCUGAAAACCAUCAUUCAGUCAAGAAAUUGAACAUUGAGAUACUCCAAAGCCUCCUUUAGACCCUCCCAAUCACUACUCCUUCCUUUCUUCCCACAGAUACCUAGCAUUCUGACUUCUAACAGUGGAGUUUAGUUUUGCCUGCAUUUGAAUACUAUAUAAAUGGAAUCCUAUGUAUUCUUUUUAUGUUUGACUUCUAUGACUUAAUAUUGUUGGUGAGAUUCAUCAAUAUUUGGUGUAGCUGUAGUUGACAUCAUACUGUAGAGUAUUCCAUUAUAUGACUUUGUUAACGGCUUAGCCAUUAUCUGUUGGUGAACUUUUGGGAUGAUUCCAUUUGGGGGAUAUUAUGAAUCUUGCUACUGUGGACAUUCUUACACAUGUCUCUUGGAGUACAUGUGCCCUGGGAACUGAAUUUUUGGGCUAUUUCACCAUAAUUCAGAGACCAGCAGAGCACCUAAAGGAAUUAAAGGUAUUUGUUGCACACUAAAGAGAGAGGUUUAAAGGGGAAGAUGGUUGUCUUCAAUGUUCCAAAGUGCUCCAGGAAAGAAAAGUGAAGAGUAUCCAUUGCUGGUCCCAGAGGUUAGAGUUACAACACUGGGUAGAAGCCAUACCUAGGGCAGUGGCUCUCAAUCAGCUUCAUAGUAGAACCACUUGGGGAGCUUUAAAAAGUACUUAUGCCUGGACUUCAGCCCUAUAGAUGUCGAUGGAAUCGGUGUAAAAUGCUGCCUGCCUGGGCACAUUUUAGAGAGAUUUAUUUAUUUAUUUAUUUAUUUUUAGGUCUUUCUAUUUUUAAACUCAAUUUUGAAAAAAUUUCAAACCUACUGAACAAUAAAAGAAUAGUACAAUGAACUCAUGUGUGCUCUUCACCUAGGUUUAAAAUUUUUCACGUUUGUUUUACCAUGUUUCACAUUUACCACGUGUUUCACCACAUUUGUUUUAA